AAGAUAGAAAAAGAUAGGACGUUGACUGAACUCUGGUUAACAGUUAACCAACGUUUGUGAAACUGACCCUGAGAACGCGGCGUUUAGCGAUUGAGAUUAUCAAUCAUGAUCCGGAUCGUCGGUUGGAGUUUGACAAGUUUGAAAGGACAGGCACAAUUAUAUUCAUAAGAUUUCCAUUUGUAGAUAUUUUUACAGAUUUGUACAGAUUUACGUUGAACUUGUCUCCAGUUAAAAACUACCGCUCGCAAGUACGACGUGUUGAAAGGAAAGGGAGAAAACAAUUACGUCGAGCAUAAUCCUCUCCAUCGACGUCAUUGAUAACGCUGUUAUCACUUGCCACCACGUUUUAAUGACAGACACAGAUGUGGCAGUUUAGAAUACGGAUUUACAUACUAUUAAAUUACACCAAAUUGCAGUCCCAAAAUUAUCUGCCGCACGGUUGACGCGUUCCGAUCCUGUGCUCAUUUCGCAAACGGCAGCAACAUGCGAGGGACGAUAAUCUGACAGAUCCCGGUAGAUGCGAAUUUCCGCAGUAGCCACUCGGCUAUUGCAGCAGGUAUCUCAGCACAGGUAUUCGGCUGAGAGUGUUGUCUCCGAAAUUACACAAACCUUUAAUCGAGAUGCAACUGGAAAGGGAACUGGCGUCGAAGUACGCUUACAUCACGCUCGUGAUUGCAACCUAUUGGGUAGUGUCCAUCACAACUGUAUUCGUGAAUAAGGCACUGCUGUCCAGUGACACCGUCAACCUGGAUGCUCCCCUGUUUGUCACUUGGUUCCAAUGUAUAGUGAGCGUCGUUAUCUGCGUUACUUUGCGCAAAAUAUCCCAGUGGUUCCCAGACUGCAUUGAAAUUGCGAACGGCAGUCCGUUUAGGAGGGACACUUUAAAGAAGAUACUACCGUUAUCAAUUCUAUUCACCGCAAUGAUAGCGACCAACAACUUGUGCCUGAAACACGUCGGCGUCGCAUUUUACUACGUGGGCCGUUCCCUAACGACAGUAUUCAACGUCGUGUUCACCUACAUUUUACUUGGGCAAACGACGUCUCUGAAAUGCGUGACGUGCUGCGCGGUGAUUAUCGCCGGGUUCUGGCUGGGGGUGGAUCAGGAGCACGUGGCGGGCUCCCUGUCUGUCCUCGGGACACUUUUCGGCGUGCUUGGAUCGUUGUCGUUAUCCCUGUACUCGAUCCGCAUGAAACAGACGCUUCCGGUCGUGAAUCAGGACAUCUGGUUGCUUUCCUAUUACAACAACGUGUACAGUAUUAUUAUCUUCAUCCCGUUAAUGAUAGUCAGUGGCGAGCAUACGACUGUAUAUAAUUACGAGAAGCUCGGACACCCACUAUUCUGGGCUGCGAUGACGGUCGGUGGCGUGUUCGGCUUCGCCAUCGGAUACUUCACCGCGCUUCAAAUAAAAGUCACGUCUCCCCUGACGCACAACGUCAGCGGCACCGCGAAAGCGUGCGCCCAGACGGUUCUGGCGACUUACUGGUUCAACGAGCGGAAAUCGUUCCUCUGGUGGCUGAGCAACGUCGUUGUCCUUACCGCCAGCGCGUUUUACGCGAGGAUCAGGCAACUGGAGCUGAGUAAAGAGUACAGAGUCGAGACGGGACAACUGAAAGUCUAACAACGAAAAUACGGAGCAAUAUAUGGGAGAGAUGCUAUUCUUUACAUACACAUGGAAAACUGCUGCAGAAGCUUACUCGGCAGUUUCACAAAAGUAUGUAUAUGUAUGUAUACAUAUGUACAAAUAUCUCAAACAACUUAAUAUUAAUUAUCAAGU